AUAAUCCAAGAACAGAUGUUGUUGUUUCAUUUUAUCUUCCAUGGAAGAUCAAAAAAAAAUUUCAUGAUGAAUUAUAAUUUUAAAUUUGUUGAAUUUUUAUUUUUACAGCAAACUCGUCUCAAUGUAUUAAUACCGUUUAUCCGUAUCCUAAUAAAAUGGCGAAUACAUAAAAUUGUCACUGAUGAUAAUGAAGAUGGAAUCAAAAAAAUACGAUGCCUAAAUGAUAUGCAAAAAGAGCUGCUUUCAUUCACCAUACUGAACAAACGACUUGAAAAAUAUCCAUUGCCUUUGAAUUAUCUACGACAAUUUCUAAAACAAUUAAUCCGAAUUUUCGAACAAAUUUUCGAUGCUGAUUGCCUUGUGGAUGAAAUCUAUCCAUUAUAUGCUGAUUUGAUAAGUAUUAAAACACAACAAAUCAAUCGGUCAUAUUAUCAAGAUCUAAAUGAAAAUGAUGGCGAUCUUUUGGAUCGUUUAUGUCGAUUAUUUGAACAUGAUGAAAACAUUGGUUUCGUUACACAUGUAUUCGAUACAUUUCGUUUGUCGAUAAUUGAGACUAAUAAAAUAGUUACUUCUGGUACAACUGGUCUUCGAACAUGGCCAGCAGCUAUUCAUCUAUUAAAUUAUCUUAGAAAGCCGGAAAAUUAUAAAAACAUUCAAUGGGAACGACCAAAUGAUUGGAAUAAUGUUGUUGAAUUAGGUUCAGGGUCUGGAUUAUUGGGCGUUGGCCUAAUCAAUUCUGGUUUCAUCAAAAAUGGACAUUAUAUUUUCACUGAUCAUAGUCAGGCUGUUUUGAAACACAUAGAAUUGAAUUUAUUUAUUAAUAAUAUUAAUCAGUAUAGAAACAAUAAUUUCAAAGUAGUUAUACAAAAACUUGAUUGGACUGAUUAUGAAUUUUUUGAUUUUUCUGCUUCCAUUAGUGAUCUAAUAAUUGCUUCUGAUGUAAUAUAUGACCCAAAUUUUAUUGAACCAUUUGUACGAACAUUGAGAACAAUGUUCAAUGUUUAUAAAAAUGCCGAUUCAUUGCGUCGUAAUCCUGAUUGCAUCAUUUGCUGUGCUAUACGUAACCCAAAAUUAUUAAAUAUUUUUCAACAAAAAUUAGAACAAUGUAGUCUAGAGUGGCAACAAUUAGAUCGUAUUGAACGACCGCUUUGGGUUAAUAGGAUACAGAAACAUGUUGAUAAUCUUUCGAAUGAAAUUGUUAUUGAUGAAAAUUUUGAUUCCAUAUUUAAAACACAUGAUGAUAAUAUUCCUUCGAUCGUAUUUCAGAUACGAGAUAAAAGCUGACCGAAAAAUUCUUGUUGUUGUUUGAUGAUUUAUCAAUAUCAAAUAUUGAAGAAAAAAAAAUAUUCACCGCUUGAACAAAUUCGGACAUCAGUAUAUUCAUUUUAAACAUGGUCAUUUUGUUGUCCUAAUUUGAUCACACGUCCACCAUUUG